UAGUAACACUAACUUCAGUAGUGACAUGCCGUCUUUGGUCGGGUAUGGACGUCUUCAGUUCCGUUCCAGUCUGUGACUGUCGUCUCCCAGACGAUAGAAUGUGCAAAUACGACGCCGUCGCCCCGACCCCUUCACGCCGCAAACCGCCGAUUAGUGAAACUAUUCAGACGAAACCGUUUCCGAUCAGAGGGGAGAGGGCCAACUAUGUUAACAGUCCACAUGUCAUUGCCAUGGUCGGACUCCCGGCCAGGGGGAAAACGUACAUAUCGAAAAAGCUCUCAAGAUACCUCAACUGGAUUGGAAUAAAUACAAAAGUUUUUAAUCUUGGAGAAUAUCGUAGAAUUGUUACUGAUGCGUACAAAAGUCAUGAGUUUUUCAAGCCUGAUAACAAGCAUGCAAUGGCGAUUCGCACCCAGUGCUGUAUGGAUGCUUUAGAAGAUGUUUGCCAUUGGCUAGAAACUGGCGGUGAAGUGGCUGUAUUUGAUGCUACAAAUUCUACUCGAGAUAGAAGGAAAAUGAUCCAUGAUAUUGUUGUGAAGAAAAUGAAUUUUAAAUUAUUUUUUGUUGAGUCUGUCUGUGAUGAUCCUCAAAUAGUGGAACAAAAUAUUAUGGAGGUUAAAGUAAAUUCGCCAGAUUACAAAAACAUGAAUACAGAAACAGCCUUAAAUGAUUUCCUGCUUAGAAUUGAGCACUAUAAGGAAAAAUAUGAACCUUUGGAAGAAAAGUUAGAAGAUAGUCUUAGUUUUAUGAAGAUCUACAACACAGGAGAGAAAGUUCUUGUGCACAAGCAUGAAGGACAUAUAGAAUCCAGGAUAGUUUAUUACCUCAUGAAUAUACACAUUGUACCAAGGACCAUUUAUAUUGCCAGGCAUGGAGAGAGUUGUCACAACCUUGAAGGUAGAAUAGGUGGAGAUUCAGAACUGUCUCCGAGGGGGCAAGCGUUUGCCAAUGCCCUCGCAAAUUAUAUAAAUAGCCAAAAUAUCAGCAGCCUCAGGGUUUGGACGUCUUGGCUCAAGCGUACAAUUCAGACUGUUGCUGGCAUCCAAGCUCCACAGGAAAGAUGGAAGGCCCUAAAUGAAAUCGACGCUGGAAUUUGUGAGGAGAUGACAUACAAAGAAAUACAAAAAGCUCACCCGGAAGAUUUCACAGCCAGAGACCAGGACAAAUUCACUUACAGGUAUCCAAGAGGGGAAAGCUAUGAGGAUCUUGUAGCAAGACUAGAACCAGUUAUAAUGGAGUUGGAGAGACAAGGGAACAUUCUCGUCGUAAGCCACCAAGCUGUAAUUCGCUGUCUCCUUGCUUACUUGCUGGACAAAAAUUCAGAAGAGUUACCAUAUCUACAUGUCCCUCUGCAUACACUUAUUAAACUGACGCCAGUGGCUUAUGGAUGUAAAGUAGAACACAUACCAUUUGAUAUUGAGGCGGUGGAUACACACAGACCAAAACCAAAGAUACCAGGGACCCUUGAUGAAAGGUUUAAACAUCAUAAAUCUGAUUCUACCUGACUUUCAAUAGUACAAUUUAAAAAUAUAUGUAAAAUGACUGAUAAAUUCUUUAUUAUUUAUAGUUUAUCAAUUUAUGAAUAUUAGGGGUCAAGUUAAUUUAUUCAGUUUGUAUAUUUUUAUUCUAUAUUCAAUUGAAAAAUGGUGUUUUGGUUUUUGUUUCACUAAAACAUUGUAUAUUUGUUUAAAAUAUUAUUUAAUGCAUUAAUAUUCUUUUAAAUUUCUGUUUUUCUAUUUUUUUUUUUUUUUUGCUUUUCUCAGCAUUAUAUCAACAAAUAUUUUUAUCUCGUGCCAUAUCCAUAUUUAAUUUUAACAUUUUAUUUUGAAAAAUACAUAAUCUUUCAUUAACCUAAGUAAAAAGUAAAUGUUAGAGGGAAAUAUUUAAAAAUUAUUUAUAAAUUUGUGAUAUAAGUCAAAUCUGUAUUUAUUGCAAUUAAACAAUUUCAAUUGUC